UAUCGUUCUAAUGUCUGUCAGUAUUGUUAGGAUCACUUCUAGGGCUGGGUUUAAAUAUGAAGGCGCUCUUCACAGUAUAGAUGAAAAGCACUGCACGGUUACUUUAAAAAGAGGUGAUACCGCAAUGAAAAAUAUAGAUUAUGUCAUCUUUCGUGGUGCUGAUAUUGAUGACGUUCAACUUUCAUCUGCUUUAUGUGAAGAAAGUUCGUUACUAAAUGAUUCUGCAAUCGUUAGAAUAAUCCGUUUCGACGAUGUCGACGAUAUAACGGUUUCAGAUUCAGCGAACCAUGAUCCAGGAAUUGUAAAAUUGAAUCGCACAAAUAUCUCAUGCAGCAGUAUAGUAUCGUUUGACACGAAGUCUUCAACUAAGUUAUGCAGAAAUCAACCAGACCAAAAUAAGGGAGCACAAAAUACACCAGCAUCAAAUCAAAGGAUGGUAUGGAGAAAUUCAAAUGGUGCAUCUCACAAUUCACUUGGGAGAAAAAAUAAGUCAAAAAGUAUGGAGAGAAACACCGAUGUAUUUCAACAGUUAGAGUCAUCGAAACAUAGACAUUUCAGUCUCGAAAGAAAAGUCGACAGUAGUUCAAGUAGCAAAAUGUCGGAUUCUGUAAAACCAUCGGGUGACGCAAGACAUGAAAAUAUGGAAAAAACAGAUAAUGACUGCAAUGAUACACAAAAACGUUCAUUUUUUGAUCAUUUUUCUUCUGAACUGAACAAAAAUAAAGAAAAACGGCUGGUGAGCAAACCAUUUCGCUCUGCUUCAAACUACAUCAUUCAUCAGAGUAGUCAAAAUCCUCUUGAAGACAAUACUGACGGAAGAAUUAUCAGAAAACCAAUCAUUCAAUACAGCUCAAGAGGACGAGGCAAAUGGGCGCAAUUCAAUCCCUUGUCACCUUUUGUUCGCUAUGGAAACACCAAUUAUGCUUACUUUACACCCAUACCAGUAAUACAGUCCUCAAUAAAAGGAAUAUAUCCUUAUGGUAUUUCAUAUGACAAUAGUAAUGGUAUGACAAAUUUCAUACCCUAUUCAAAAUGUCUCCUUAUUGUGAUCAUAUCCAGUCUAGGAGAAUGA